AUGUGCUGCCGCUUCUGUCACCGCUGGCAACCGCCCUGUGCACUGGGGCUGUUGCUGCUGCUGCUGCUGCCCCUUGUCCUUGUAUCUCCCCUGGCAGCAACCACAGCGGUCCCAGGCCGCUGUGACACCAUAUACCAGGGCUUUGCCGAGUGUCUCAUCCGCUUGGGGGACAGCAUGGGCCGCGGAGGUGAGCUGGAGAGUGUCUGCAGGUCUUGGAAUGAUUUCCACACCUGUGCCUCGCAAGUGCUGUUGGGCUGCCCUGAGGAGGCCGCCGCUGUGUGGGAGUCACUACAGCAAGAAGCUCGCCGGGCCCCACACCCAGAUAAUUUGCACACUCUGUGCGGCACCCCUGUACGCCUUCAGGAGCGCGGGGCGGGCCCAGAGACCAACCAGGAGACGCUGCGGGCAACAGCGCCAGCACCCACUCGGGUCCCCGAGCCCCCUCUGCUGGCAGCUGCUUUGGCACUCGCCUGCCUCCUGGGUCCUCUGGCCUAG